AUGACUAUUAUUUCACUACCGAUCAAUGAACGCGUACUACCUGGAGGGAAUACUGGAAUACUUGCGAGCGUGGAGGCCAACAUGAAGCUAUGGCUGGUGGUGAUCCACAUCAUCCUGGUGGGCACAAAUUUAUGGGCGACUGCUCACUACAACGAGGAGGUGACUGAAGACAACGAGUUUGCGGAGUUUGAAGACUUCGAGGACGAGAAACCCGCAUCUGCUUCUGACCAGUUUCAUCCCGCCAGCACCACCAACAAAAAUAAUAAUAAUAAUAAUAAUAAUAAUAAUAACAAUAACAACAAUAAUAAUGAUAAUAAUAACAACAACAAUGACGAUGAAGUAUCCGUAGACGACUACGAAGAAGAGGAUUCACUUGUAGAAGACGACAUAGAUUCAGAGUUCGACCACUUCCAGGACGAAGAAGAGUUCGAAGGUCUAGACAACAACAACAAGAACGCUGGAAAAUCCGACGAGCCAUCAACAUUGACCAUCACAAAAGUACCCUUGCACUUACGAGCUCGUUGGGACAGCUACUACCUGGAGAUUCUGAUGGUGACCGGGUUGGUAAUCUACUUUAUCAACUACUUCACUGGGUGCUCGAAGAACUGUCGGCUAGCGGAGUCCUGGUUUGCCGAGCACCGCAAAAUUUUGGAGGCAAACUUCUCAUUGGUAGGCGAUACCGGAAAGUCUCUGGAGGAAUCCUCAGAAAAUUUUCUGAUCAAGGAAAGCGAGUCCCAGUACAGCAUCUACUGUUCAGGUCGGGUUGGCUGUGAAUCGCUGCUGAUAGAGUUGAAACUACUGAAGCGACAGGACCUGAUAAAUGUAAUAGCCCAAAUUUUAAGGCCCCAAAACGAUCAGGCCCACUUAAAGUUCGAGAUGUCCAAGGACGAGACUGAUAACUUUGUCUUCGCGGUGGCUACCAAGCGGACUGCAGUCCAUUUCACUCGGGACAUUGCAGAUAUUUCUACCUACUGUCCCGAAAAAAGGCCGGGAGAUAAAUUUGGACUUCCUGCUGGGUUCUAUCUGAUGUCAGAGAUCUCAGAGGCCGCUACUGCGGUUCUGGACUCCAAGGUUGUGGCUGCUUUUACCAAAUACUCCCAGUUUAUUGACUAUAUUCAUAUCAGCGAUCAGUAUAGUGGAAAUAAACAGCAAGAGGACUCUGGGGCCUUAACUAUGCCGGAGGUGAAAAGAGUCCUCCUGGUUGGACUGAAUAUCAGCGUGAAGGGAAAAAAUCCUAAUGCGGAGUCUGUGGAAAAAAUGAGAGCGUUGUUACAGUUGACGUUCUAUCUUGUUGAUAAAUUAAGGCGUUAUAGAAUGUCUAAGGAGGCUAAAAACAAAUCAGACAAAAAUCGUCAGAAAGUUGAAGAAGCUUUCUUAAAGACAACCCACGCAGCACGUGCAGAAGCUGCAGCAGCUAAGCGUGAGGAGAAACGCCGCCAGGAAAAAGAGCGAAUUCUCCAAGAAGAGGAUCCCGACAAGCAGCGAAAGUGGGAGGAAAAAGAACAAAAACGUCUAGCGAAAAAACGCGCCCCUAGAAUGAAGCAACUCAAAGUUAAAGCCCUAAGUUCAAUGGACGAAUCGAUCAGGACGAAUCUCAUUGGUCCAACCUCGGAUUUCGAUCACGAUGUCAUCCUAAGCGAUAAUUUGGAAUUCUGGAUGACGCGACUCCCGCCAUCACUCAAAAAAAUACCGAUCAUUCACCUAGCGAUCCCAGGUUCUCACAACACAAUGACGUACACAAUAAACCGAUUCAACAAUGUCGGCCCUGAUGAACCAGCAUCUCUUCAAUUUUUCGGGAAGUAUUUUUCACUUAUAUCGAAACCGCUGAUAUUUAAUUGGUCUGUCACGCAGUAUGACGACAUAGUUCAGCAAUUGAAUGGGGGAAUUCGUUAUCUAGACCUAAGAUUAGCAACCAAGACUAAUAAUAAUAACAACAUCGAAGCUAAUGACAUUGACAAUGACAACGUUUAUUUUCUUCACGGCCUGUACGGUGAUGAAGUGACACAACACUUGAUAAACAUAAAAAACUGGCUGCACCUGCACCCAGAGGAGAUAAUAAUAAUCGACUGCCAGCAUUUUUACCUGUUCAACGAGCGAAUCCACAAAAGAUUCGUCAACAAGCUGAAGAAUAUAUUCAAGGAGCUGAUAUGUCCUUCAACAAUAAAUCUGCAGAAGAUAACCCUAGACUGGAUGACAAGCAACCGGUACCAGCUGAUACUCGUCUACAGAAACGAGAUCGUCAGGACAGAAGUCAGCUUCUGGCCUAGCGGACUGUGGCCAUCGCCCUGGCCAGAUACUACUCGGCCUAGAGCUCUGGUGGACUUCUUGGAUAUGAGACUGAAAACACGGCUCGCUGACACCGGGUUCGUAUCCCAGUGCUUGCUUACUCCGGAUGCUAAGUAUAUUCUGAGGCACUUGUGCGGAAGCUUACAUCGCGAUCUAGCGGGGGCUUGUAGGAAAACUUCGCUGGAAUGGAUUAAGAGGAACGGGCCUGGUGAAGGAGGGCUUAAUAUUGUAAUCACGGAUUAUGUAUCCUUUGAUAAUUUUCUUUUUUGUAAGCUUGUCAUCCAGAGGAAUGCUUUAUUGCUCAAUUAUUAUGAAAGGCACUCCAGUGCUUUUAAUCCGUGCCCGUGA